AAGACCCGCCUAUGGUUCUAUAAAAAUUUCCUCCACAGUCCUCCUUUCUUGUUUGGAUUCGAUUCUUUUCGGUGGGUUUUCAAUCCUGUGAAGUUUCCAUCAAGUUUUUAGGAACAAGGAUGCUUUUUGUAGCUUUCAUUUGUUUGUCUGCAACAGUAUGAACUGAGCUAGUUAGGCUACUAUUGGUUGACCAAAGAAUUGACAUCUUCAAUUUUCUAUUUUAGGACAAUUAUGGAGGCACGGCCUGCUUUGUCUAUUCAGAGAUCAGGUGCAAGUAACCUGGGGGUGUCUGAAGGACUGUCGUCAUCUUUACCAGCCAUUUCAACACCUUUGGAUGAUACGUAUCUGAAGUUGCCCGGCACUCAGCAAGUUUCAGCAAAAAGGGAACUGAUGGGAAGCCCUCUGGUUCGUGCAACUCGUUCUUCCACCAAUUGUGGGGUGGUUGGUCAUAUAUUCUCAUCAUCCUCAGGAUUUUCGAGUGAUCUUCAUUACUCAUCUUCAUCGCCUCAUGAAAAGCAUUCAAGAAAUGCUCCUUUUAUUUCUCAGGCACCAACUAAUGCUGCAGAUUUGUUGUUACCUCAAUCGUCUAACCAAACGCUGCCUCAAUCUACGAUGUCAAGUCAUUACUAUAAAGAAAAUAGUGGUUCUUGGUGUCCCGAUCCGGGUUUCUCUGAUUUUCCUAUAAGCACCCCUGUCCAGAGCUGUCAAGUAGAAAGCACUAACUGUAGUGAUAUCAUGACAUCUGAGGACUUGUGCAAAAGUAAUGAUUGGCAGGAAUGGGCAGACCAGCUUAUCACUGACGAUGAUGCGUUGGCCUCCAAUUGGAAUGAGCUUCUUGUUGACAACGUUAAGGAUAUGGAACCAAAGGUGGCAAAACCAUACACAACCAUAACUGAACAGAAACCCCAAGUACAUCAGCAGCUUCCUUCUCCAUCUGUGGCAAUUGUAAACUCCUCAUCAGCAGCAAAUAAUGCCCCAGCAAAGCAACGAAUGCGAUGGACACCAGAACUUCAUGAAGCCUUUGUUGAGGCUGUCAACCAACUAGGAGGCAGCGAAAGAGCUACUCCAAAGGGCGUUCUGAAGAUUAUGAAGGUUGAAGGCUUGACUAUUUAUCAUGUUAAAAGUCAUUUGCAGAAAUAUAGGACUGCCAGAUACAGACCAGAGUCAUCGGAAGGAUCCUUGGAGAAAAAAACGACUACUACGGGAAAUUUAUCAUCUCUGGACUUGAAAGCGGGUAUGGGGAUCACUGAAGCUUUGCGGCUACAGAUGGAGGUCCAGAAGCAGCUGCAUGAACAACUUGAGAUACAAAGAAAUCUACAGUUGCAAAUUGAAGAGCAGGGGCGGUACCUCCAAAUGAUGUUCGAGAAGCAAAAGUCGGGUUUAGAUAAGCUGAAGGCGUCACCUUCUAAUCCAGGGAAUCCACCCACUCCUUCGGAUGCUACCAAAGAGACGCCUGCAAAAGGUGAACCGGAAGCCUCCCAGGCAAAUCGUGUAAAUUCUGGAACUGAUGCUGUUAAUGUCAAGUCCGUGUCGGAGAGAAGUUUAUCAGAAGUGGGUGGAGAGCAAGAGUCACGUAAAACUGCUGACCUCGAGAAAGCUGAAACCGAUGUUUCCGAUUCGAGUUCACCACCCUCGAAGCGUUCAAGAAUCAAAGAAUAAGUUUAUGAUGGGUUUGAACUGACAACAAUUAUUUCAUUGAUGAUUGCAUUAGUGCGAUAGACCAGCUUGGGAUGAGCUUUUGAAGUUUCUAGGUCCUUUUUUUGGGGUGAUGUUCUUGUGGACAAUUUCAUUUGUAGGAUAAACCGUGUUGUGUAGGUUUCGUGAGCAUAAUUCGAUAUUGUCCCCUUUUGAAGACAACUUGAUACCAGAGUUGCCAAAGGACUCCGAUAUCAAUAGAGGUGACAAACAAGUCAUUUGGAUUGGGUUUAGGUUAGAUUAUUUUGGGUUUAGAUUAUAUUUUGUUUAAUUUUAUUCUGGUCGGAUUGGAUUGGGUACGAAUUUAAUUCAUGUGUAUGAUAAAUCGAGUUGGGUCAAUUUU